AUGUCCACCAUGGCGACACAAUCUUACCCAGAGGGUAGAGUUCUCAUCAUUAUGACAGGAGGUACCAUUUGUAUGAAAUCUUCACCGGAAGGCUUGGUUCCAGCAAGAGGGUUCCUCAAAGAAGGAAUGGCUACUAGACCAUCAUUCAACGACGGCUCAAAUCCAGAUCCUAUGCCAGUUAUGACCACAAACACUACAGAAGAAUAUUUACCCAGUUUACGUACUCCUCCAAGCACGUAUUCUCGACAUGUUCGUUACACCUUGUACGAAUUUCCCGUCUUACUAGAUUCUUCAUCAAUAUCUUCAAAUGGUUGGACACAAAUAGCGACCACCAUUGAAAGAAAUUAUCAUUUAUUUGAUGGUUUCGUGGUUCUUCAUGGUACAGAUAGUUUGGCAUACACGAGUUCAGCUUUAUCUUUUAUGCUGUCCCAUCUUGGAAAACCUGUUAUUCUCACGGGAUCUCAGGCUUCAAUCUUUGCUCUACAAUCUGAUGCCGUGGAUAACCUCCUUGGAUCAUUAAUCAUAGCCGGAACUUUCAUGAUCCCGGAAGUAUGUCUCUUCUUUCAUCACAAUUUAUUCCGUGGAAACCGCACUACCAAAGUUUCGGCUACCUCCUUUGAUGCGUUUGCUUCACCAAAUUGUGAGCCUUUAGCAAAGGUGACUGCUUUAGGAGCCACAGUCAAUUGGAAUCUCGUUCGUCGUCCACGAUCGAUUGCUAAAUUCGGAGUACAACUAAAUCUUGAUACUUCCCACGUAGCAUGCCUUCGUAUCUUCCCUGGUAUCAAACCAGAAAUGAUCGAUGCCGUCCUUCGUAUUCCGAACCUCCGUGGCCUGAUUCUCGAAACUUUCGGGGCUGGUAACGCACCCAGUGGAGACGAUGGAAGUAUGAUCAAAAUCAUGAAAGAAGCAUGCAGAGCAGGUGUAGUUUUCGGUCACGACUUAACAACUGAAGCCGCCCUCACUAAACUUUCAUUCCUCCUCGCUCUUCCUGAUCUUUCAUACGACGAUGUUACCAUGCAAAUGCAAUGUUCCAUUCGUGGAGAAAUGACCGAGGAAGGUAGCACAGCCUUUUCACAUCCACCAACCGAAGUCGCAGUUACAGCUCAACAACAAGCAUUUACGGGAUUAGGAUAUGCAAUUGAAAAGGGUGACACGAAUGCCAUCAUCAAUAUCCUCGACCAUGAUCGAGCUGGUCUUCUUCAAACAACCGAUUACGUUGGCAAUACCGCUUUACAUUUGGGGGCAGUAGGUCCUUCAGUAGACUUAUUAAGAGAAUUACUCAAGCGCGGCGCAAGCGUACACGCCCGUAAUAAAGCGGGGAAUACCCCGUUGUUUUUGGCGAGGAAGGCGGGGGAGAAGCAAAAGGAACAUGCGAAGGUUUUGGAGGAGGCGGGGGGUCAUUUGUGGGUUGAGGAGAGGGAGGAGAUUGGUAGGUUGAGGUUGAGGAUGAGAAUGAGGAUGAGGAUGAGGUUUGAGGAUGAGGAUGAGAAUGGGGGUGGGUGGGGGAGGUGGUUGAUGGGAUGA